AUGUUUCAACAAAAUAAUUUGCUCAAAUGUAAUUUUAAUAUAAUAUUUCAUAACAUUUCUUUCAGAACAAAUAAAACAGAAUGGAAAAAGGGAUUGAGUGUCAAUCCCAAUAAAAUAUAUCAAAUAGAAAAUAAUAAAAGUAAUAUAAAUGAUACAUAUUAUCAUAUAUAUGAGUAUGACAAAAAUAUGGUACUUAAUAAAUUCGUCGAGAUGUAUAUAAAAAUGUGGUACAUAAAGAAUAAGACAUAUAAAAUAAACAAUAACAAAAACAAAAACAUAAAAGAUAAUAUAAAUAAUAUAUAUAAUAUAUAUAAUAAAAAUCAUAUAUAUAAUAAUACAUCGAACACAAAAUAUGUAAGAAAUAAACAACCAUUUUAUAAUAAUAAUAUACAUGAUAAAUUUGGGCUUGUUCUAUUUUCCAGAUUUCUUUUCACUAUACCCAUAAACAAUAUAAAUAAUUAUUUUAACAAAAAACAUAAUGAUAAGAAAAUAAAUGAUAAGUUUGAUACGUCUUAUUGUGAGGAAGGUCCUAAUAAGGAGGUACCUAACAACAAUGGUCACCUUAAAAGAGAAGAACUGUCUGGGCAAACAUUAACAUAUACAGAAAAUAAAAAUAAUAAUAAUGAUAAUAUAUAUAAUGAUAAUAAUAAUAAUGAUAGUAAUAAUAAUGAUAAUAAUAAUAAUGAUAAUAUUAAUAAUGAUAAUAUUUAUAAUAAUAAUAUUUAUAGUGAUAAUAUUUAUAAUAACAUACCUAAUAAUCAUUCCAAAUACAUUUUUUUAAGUGAGGAUGAAAGUAAGGGAGAUAUAACAGAGGAUAUAUUUCCUUAUACAGAUUUUAUUAUAGAAAAAUGUAAGCUUAAUAUAAAAAAUGAUGUAGAUAUAUAUGAAAACACAUGGUAUGUGAAAUUAAUAUAUGACUUAUUAAAUUCAACAAAAUUAUUUUUUGAUUGCACAUGGAUGAGUUCCAUUAUAAUGACAACAUUAUUUAUGAGAAUAAUAAUUUUGCCAUUAACUGUAUCUUCAGAAAGAGAUAGAAGAAAACAAAAAAUAUUAAGUCCUUUAUUAAAAGAAUUAACAAAGAAAUUAAAAGAUAAUGCACAAGAUGGAAAUAUUAAAAAAGCUUUAGAAUUUAAAAAAAAAAUUUUAAAUAUAAGAAAUACACAUGGUAUAUCUCUAAUACCUAAAUCUAUUAUUUUAAUGGCUUUCUUUCAAACACCUUUAUUUUUUAUAUUCUAUUUUUCUAUGAAAAGAAUAGCAUCAUAUCCUGAUAUUUUUAAAGACUUUACAUUUGAAUCUCCAUUAUGGCUAGAUAGUUUAUCUUUGCCAGAUCCUUAUUAUAUUCUACCUGUCUUAUCAUCUCUUUUGUUAUUAUCAAAUAAUGAAUUAACAUUAUUAAUAGAUAAAAAAAUUAAUGAAAAUAAUAAACAAUCAAAUUUAUAUGAUCAAGAAGAAACAGAAUUUCAAAAAAAUAUUAAAAAAAUUACAAAGCUCGGUAUGAGAUUAUUUUAUAUGUCCUCUGUAUUAUUCUUUAAAUCCAUGCCAUCUGGAUUAUUUAUAUAUUUUAUUACAAAUACAUUCUUUCAGUUAUUUAUAACACAAAUAUGUAAAAUAAAAAUUAUAGAAAAUUUUCUUGAUCUACCUCCAUUACAUUCUAAAGGAUUUAUAACUAGUGCUAAUACGACACAGCAACAAACAGCUUCACAAAAAAAAAUAAUACACAUGAAUGACUUAAUCAAAAGGAAAAAAAUAAAAUGA